CAGAAAACCCUAAUAACUGUCGAAAAAUAAGGUUUCCUUCCCUUCUUUACCAAGGCAUCCAUUACCCUUUUUCCCUCAAUGAAAUCGGCCAUAUCGACUUUCUUAUAAUGGUAUGUUCGGAUUUCAAAUUGUGGACAGCGGAAGGUCCAAUUGAGUCAAGUAAUCCUCACGAUUUUACUGGUUAGUGCUAUACGCAUGUGCCUACUGCUAUUUUUUUUGUAGUUUCAAGAAUUUGGAUAUUUAAUUCAGGCUUGAGAGGGUGCAGCUCAUGACGUCUGAUCUCAAAUUGGAUGCAAUUUGCCAAGAGUACGAGGGAUCUGAAUUUGGAUCUGUAAAUGAAAAAGUUACCAUUGGAAAGAGAGAAAAUAUAGUGUACAAGAUCUUUGAUGGUUUUCUUAAGCCUGGAAACAAGUCAUUUAUCAAUGUUGCCACAAAUGUUGUACGAAGAGCUACUAAGAGAGGAAAUCAAUCAGCAGUUGGUGCUGAUCUCAUUCUUCAGGUUGAUGGGGAUGAUAAGCGGGAACACGACUCUGAAAGAAAAUCUGGACCGCUUCUGUCUGGAAUAGCUUACUGUGUUUGUUCGUGCAGCAUGAUAUUGCUUAACAAAGUUGUACUAUCAAGUUAUGGCUUCAAUGCAGGAAUAUCGUUGAUGUUCUACCAGAAUUUGGUCAGUGUUGUGGUGGUUGUUGCAUUGGAUAUCUUUGGAGUAGUCUCAACAGAAAAGCUCACAUGGAAGCUUGUCAGAGUUUGGAUCCCUGUCAACAUAAUAUUUGUGGGUAUGCUUGUGACUGGCAUGUAUAGUUUGAAAUACAUAAACAUUGCAAUGGUGACAAUCCUGAAGAACGUGACAAAUAUUUUAACAGCAUCUGGAGAAUUAUAUAUUUUCCAGAAGCGUCAGAAUCAGAAAGUGUGGACUGCCAUGUUUUUGAUGAUCAUCUCUGCUAUUAGUGGUGGAAUCACUGAUCUUUCUUUCGAUGCAGUGGGUUAUUCCUGGCAAAUUAUGAAUUGCAUUUUUACAGCAAGCUACUCCCUGACACUGCGACGGGUAAUGGAUACAGCAAAGCAAUCAACAAGAUCUGGGUCUCUUAAUGAAGUUACAAUGGUGUUGCUAAACAAUGCAUUGUCUAUACCCUUCGCCAUCUUUUUUAUUCUGAUAUUCAAUGAAUGGGAAUAUGUGUAUAAAGUGGAUGUAAUUAGGAUACCAAUGUUUUGGUUUGUGGCAACAGCCAGUGGAGUGCUUGGACUUGGCAUUAGCUUCACCUCUAUGUGGUUCUUAAAUCAAACAAGCCCCACCACAUAUAGUCUAGUUGGUUCCUUGAACAAGAUACCCAUAUCUAUAGCAGGAAUACUUGUGUUCAAUGUUCCACUCAGUCUUCCAAAUCUCUUCAGUAUACUCUUUGGCCUGUUUGCUGGAGUAUUCUUUGCCAGGGCCAAAAUGUCCUAAUACCAGUAGCUUGUUGACUAGGUUGGAAGAGUGCCAUUGGCUUGCAUACAAGUGGCAAGAAAAACCAUAUCUCGACUUACCAAUGGGGGUUACUAAUUAUUAAAAGUGGGC